AUGCGUAUUGUGAAAGUUCACCGUAUUUAUAAGAAUCUCUUUAACAAUUUCAAACAGUUAACAAGAGCUUGGCGAGUAAGGAAAACUGUGAUUAGAAGGCAGCAAGACGUUAAACGUUUUGGAUUUUUUCGACUGAAUACGAUGCCUAGUAAAGGGGGAUAUUAUGCCGUUCAAAAUGGAAGAAGCCGAGGUGUUUUCAAUAAUUGGAGUGAUUGUAAAGAUCAAGUGAAUGGAUAUCCUGGCGCCCGCUAUAAAAAAUUCGACACUUUGGUUGAAGCUGAAGCUUUUUCAAUUGGUGGUAACAAUCAAAGGUCUUCCAGUCGCACCAAUGAAUCUAGGUCAGCUCCCGCUGUGGCAAGCAAACCUGAAAGAACCGUUCUUUCAGUUCCCUCCAUAGCAGUUUCGAAGCUUGCAAGAAGUUCAAAUAAGAUCAGCAAGCCAAAGUACUAUUCGGUCAAAAGUAGUAAUGCGAAUGUGCCUAGUAAGAUAUUCAGCAAUUGGAAUGAAUGCCAGAAAUAUGUGAAAGGUAGGAAAGGACUGUCUUUCAAGAAAUUUGAGGAUGAGAUGAGUGCUAAGCAAUUCAUGGAGGGAAAAUCAGACCCCAAUGUUGAUUAUAAGCACAUUGGAAUUACAGAGAGAGAUUUCGAGGCCAAUUAUAGACUACCAGAGAGCGCUCAUAUAUAUAACGAGAGAUCAAAUGUUUAUUGUGAUGGCUCUGCACUUUCUAACGGUACCAGUUCGUCAACAGCAGGUUAUGGUGUUUAUUUCGAUGACAAUUCUGAGCCGAAGAUCUCUGAACGUUUGCGCUCAGGACUGCAAACGAAUAAUAGGGCAGAAAUAAAGGCCGUCUCUAGCGCACUUGAUAGAAUAUGGAAAAACCUUCAAACUAAUGAGAAGAAGCUAAACUAUCAAAUUAAGACGGACUCCGAAUACGUUGCCAAAUUACUAAAUGAUAGGUACUUUUCGUACACUGAUGACCAAUUCAAAGCUAUGCCCAACAGUGACUUGAUUUUUCCCAUGGUCAAAACCUUUAUUAAAGUCAAGCAAUACUACAAUAUCAACAGUGACAAGUUUGCCAAUAAAGGAAAAUUCACUAUUCAAUGGGUGAAGGGACAUGCUGGUGAACCUGGGAAUGAGUAUGCCGACGAGCUUGCAAGGAGAGGAGCUAUGAAACACUAG